GAGUGGCCAGCGGGGUGGCCCGCGUGACGCCUGCCGCAAACGUCUGUGGACAGCGAGCUGGUCGGGUACACAGUGUGCGACGACGAUAUCUCGCACGCCAUCCUCCUUCCGUCCCGAUGCUACCUUAUCUUUCUUUACUUGUACAUACAAGACACUCACUUGUUCACCGGAGUCUUCUUGUGCUGCCAGCUCGGAUGAACUGAUUCUGUAUUUCUGUCUUGUUUUCCUUCCACGAUUCCUCAUCACCCCCAAUGCAGAAGCUGGCCGGGAAGCCUGCGCAACUGCUCGGCAUGAUCCCUCGUCGGGCUUCGCGCUGGCUUGUUCGGCUUGCCGUGCUCGCAGUGAUUGUGCCGCUAAUUCUCCAGUGGCUGGUCGCCUAUGUCGUCGGGAGCGAUGCCCGAAUUCUUCCACCCGAGCUUCUUCUCGCCAGAAACCUCCUGCUCGUGACAGCCCACCCCGACGACGAGUGCCUAUUCUUCUCUCCUAGCAUUCUCGGAGUUCUUGAUCGGAACAAGCGGGUGACUGGUGGAUUGCUGGUCAUGUCCACAGGCAACAACUACGGCAAAGGAGACACCAGGAAAACUGAGCUCGCCGGCUCGUGUGAAGCACUCGGCAUCUCGGCGGAUCGCUGCGUUGCCCUUGACCAUCCUGACCUCCAAGAUAACCCCAGAGAGUGGUGGAACACUGAGCUCAUCGAAGGGUUUGUGCAUGAGCACGUGAGGAAAUGGGACAUUGAUGCUAUCAUCACAUUCGACGAAGGUGGAGUGAGCGGACACAUAAACCACAGAGCGGUCAGCGCCGCCGUCAGUCACUACACUGCGACGAAUCCCCAGUCGCCCAUCGCGUACACGCUGACGACCACCUCUUUACUCCGAAAAUACACCAUCCUGGGCGACCUCCCCUACACAGUGCUGCCCUUUUUGUGGCGCAUUAUCGAGGCGCUAUCCUACCCCGCCAUCACAGCUGAAGUCCGUGAAGGCGGCACGGCCUUGGUUGCGAAUACUUGGCACCGAUAUCUCUUGACCCGUCGUGCUUUUGCCCAGCACGACAGCCAGUACAGCUGGGAUCGGCAUUUGUACAUGAUUCUGAGCCGAUAUGUCUGGUUCAAUGAUCUGAAGAGGCUUCCCCACACGGCUGCUGACGAAGCAUUCAGGACAGCCGUCAAGACCUAG